AUGGGAUACUCCAAUAUUGCCUUAAUCAUUUGUUUCCUUAUCUUUGCUAUAUUUCACUCAUCACAAGCUCAAAACUCUCCUCAAGAUUAUCUUAACCCUCACAAUGCAGCUCGUAGACAAGUUGGUGUCGGCCCUAUGACAUGGGACAAUAGGCUAGCAGCCUUUGCCCAAAAUUAUGCCAAUCAAAGAAUUGGGGACUGCAGGAUGCAACACUCUGGUGGCCCUUACGGUGAAAACCUAGCUGCCGCUUUCCCCCAGCUCAACGCGGCUGGUGCUGUGAAGAUGUGGGUCGAUGAGAAGCAAUGGUACAAUUAUAAUUCAAAUACUUGUCAAGCGGGUAAAGUAUGUGGACACUAUACUCAGGUGGUGUGGCGUAACUCGGUACGUCUUGGUUGUGCUAGGGUCAGGUGCAACAACGGGUGGUAUUUUAUAACUUGUAAUUAUGAUCCACCAGGUAACUGGAACGGUCAACGUCCUUUCGGUGAUCUUGAAGAGCAACCAGACUUUGAUUCCAAAUUGGAACUUCCAACUGAUGAACAUGAAUAAAUUAAUUAACUGGAGUUUAGGUGAAAAUAUGGGUCGAUCGUUUGAAUAAUUGCUUUGUUGGUUUAUUUUUACUGCUCUUCUUGUUUUACAAUUUGGUGUUACGUGUGUGGUGUACGUGUGCACCUGUUUAACUGAAUAAAUAAAAUUUGGAAA